UAUUUGCCAGCAAAGAAGCAUACCCCACUUCUGAAAAUAACAAACGGCUGUGGUUGCUCGAGACAGAAUUAUGUCUCACUACAAAAAUUGCGUUCUUUAUAUGGUGGUAAUUUUAUUCCUCCAUCAUUAUGAUCUAGUGUUUGCACAAUUUCCCAGACAGUGCGUCACCCCACAGGCUCUACAAAGUGGGGAAUGUUGCCCAGGGCUUUUCCCUGGACAGUCCCCAGAUCCUACUGACCAGUGUGGAUUUUCUCUGGGUCGCGGUCAGUGUGCCCCAGUCACAGUGGACUCUCUGCCCCAUGGACCCCAGUACCGUCUGGAUGGACUGGAUGACAGAGAGCAGUGGCCCAUACGGUUCUUCAAUAGGGCUUGCAGAUGCAAUGAGAGAUUUUAUGGUCACAACUGUGGCAGCUGUAAACCUGGGUGGACCGGAGACAACUGCGAUCAACCAGUUGUAGUUGUCAGGAGGAAUAUUCUAGAACUUCGUGAGGAGGAGAAGAGACGAUUUAUCAAUGCGUUGGACCUUGCCAAGAAUACUAUCCACCCUGACUAUGUUAUAUCAACAAGGCGCUAUGCAGAAAUAUUAGAUCCAGUCCAGAAUACCACAAACUUUGAGAAUAUAUCUAUAUAUGACUUCUUUGUGUGGACCCAUUAUUAUUCCGUGAGCAAAACCUUUCUGGGCCCAGGUCAGGGGAGUGAGGGAGGAAUAGACUUUUCACAUGAAGGUCCUGCUUUUCUUACAUGGCACAGAUACCAUCUGAUGCAGCUAGAAAGAGACAUGCAGGUCAUGCUUCAAGAUCCUUCUUUUGCUCUUCCCUAUUGGAAUUUUGCCAUUGGCGGCAACCAAUGUGACAUCUGCACUGAUGACCUGAUGGGUGCUAGAAGCAACUUUGAUUCCAAUUCUCUUAGUUCAAACUCUGUUUUUUCUCAAUGGCGAGUGGUUUGUGAAUUUGUAGAGGACUACGAAUCCCUAGGAACUAUCUGCAAUAGUACACGCAAUAGUUCAAUUCGAAGGAAUCCUGCUGGAAAUGUUGCAAGACCUAUGGUACAAAGACUCCCUGAACCACAAGAUGUGGCACUUUGCCUUGAUGUGAAUAUGUUUGACACCCCACCCUUCUUUUCAGAUUCUUCUGAAAGUUUUCGAAAUACCAUAGAAGGUUAUAGUGAACCAAAUGGGCAGUACAAUGCAACAGUUAGAAGCCUUCAUAACUUGGCUCAUUUGUUUCUGAAUGGAACUGGAGGGCAGACUCACUUAUCUCCAAAUGACCCCAUCUUUGUCCUUUUGCAUACCUUUACUGAUGCAGUGUUUGACGAAUGGUUAAGGAGACAUAAUGCAGAAUCAUCUCAGUAUCCCCUGGAGAAUACUCCUAUUGGACAUAACAGACAGUACAACAUGGUUCCUUUCUGGCCUCCUGUAACAAAUAAUGAAAUGUUUGUAACUGCACCAGAAAAUCUGGGAUAUUCAUAUGAAGUUCAGUGGCCAAGCCGUACAUUGAGCACAACAGAGAUCAUUACAGUUGCAAUUGUAUCAGCUUUGGUGCUGGUCGCAAUUAUUUUCGCUGCCGCUACAUGCAUGAUUAGUCGCCGAAGAAAGAAUGAUGCAUUUCAGCCUCUUAUUGGUGAAUCCUAUCCACGUUAUGUUGAAGAUAAGCAAGAAAACACUCAGUCAGUGUGAGAAUACAGGGAUAAAGAGAUUCCUUUACGGUCAAGAUUAUAUUUUGCCCAUGAUAAUAUUGACAUUGUGACCUUGAAAAUAAAUGACAUUGUAUCUGUGUUUGGAUAACAUUUUUUGUCUACUGUAUAGAAAAACAACAAGUUGAUUUGCCCUGAAAAGGCCAGCUAAGUAAGCCCAGUCUUCAAAACUACACAAGUUCCAGCCUAAUGGCAGGGAACACUUAUUAGUGCACUAGACAAAUUUGUGAUUCAAAUGAUCAGUCAAAAAAAAAAGAGUAACAACAACUUAAUAUACCUUUUUUUUUUUCUUCUAUAUUAAAGAUACAGGCCAUAUACUAUAACCUUUUCUUUAUAUUAUUACUGGAGUUCUAUUUAUGUACUGCAAAGAGAAAAAAAGCCAAAACCGCAAACAUUAUAUGGGUUAACAAUAUAACUGGCUAAAUACCUGCAUCAAUAAAAUGUUUCUGGAAGCUCAA